GACGAGGAAAAAGAAAAUGGAAAAAAAAAGGAAAAAAAAGAAGAAGUGAUGCUAAACGCCAGCAUUAGCUAAACCGUAGGCCAGUUUUGUAAAAAUCCCUUCUUCCUCCUUUGGUCGCUAUUUGAGUUUCCUUGUUUCCAUUCUGUUUCUCCCGCGCAUUGCAGAAAGACCUGUCGGCUCUCAUAUGCCCAACUGCCAGAGCUCUUAUCUGCCUCUCCCUUUCUCCCUAUGCCGAAGCUCUAGCUGCCGAAUCCCUUCGUAGCCGGCGACGCCGCACCUCUGACCCACGAAAAUUUGUUCAGGCAAGGCCUCUAGAACCUUGUUUCAGUCAUGAUUCAAUUGGAUAGCACCAAAGAAACCCGUCUUCUCAUUGCCCAUUUUUCUGGCACUAGAAUUUUGGAACAUGCUCAAGUUCAAAAUUUGGAUGGAUCUUUAUUGUCGCUACGUCAUCCAAAAUCAGGACACCCAACAUGUUAUGCCUUCAUCAAUGAAUCUCUUCAAGAACUUCACUGGUUUAAGCAAUCUUAUGGCUCUUGGUUCCAAGGGAAUUAUGUCUGUGAAGAUGGGGGCCUUUACACUGCAAGUCCAGUGGAUCCUGUUUUUAUUUUGUUGCCCGUUUUUGAGGAAGCACGAAUGAAGAAGGAGAAUGAUCAUGGGAAGUUCAGAAAAUUAGAUGAAAUAAUGUUUAUUGAUGGUUAUCCAGGAUACCAGGAUCUGUUACCUAUUGCAGAGGAUUGUAUGCGAGUAGUAUGUGAAGUGAAAGAAGUGGGAUCUUUGAAGUUUUAUAGACUUGAUGACAAGAAGGUUUUAGCUUUAUUGUGCCAUAAGGUAGACCACUUAAAGCAGACACUAGAAACACUUGACAAAAAUUAUGCUAAUCGGGACAAAAUGGAUACAGUAAUUGACGCAGUCGCACUAUUGGGAGAGUAUUUAAAGGAUGAUCCUUGGUUUCAUCUUUUAUGCAAUCAUCUAAGGUUGGAUAUACAGAAGGUAGCUAGAAAAACAACCUCUAGCGAUAUUCCCAUUAGCCUACAAAAUACGAUGGAGCCUACACAUUCCCUACAGAUGAAAAAUCAAAAGGAAAAGAACGUGUUAAGCACUCGAAGACAGCCAAGAAGGAUGAAAACUGAAACUGCUUCACUGAGCAUCAAAGACAUGUUUUGCAAGGUCUCAAGACAAGGAACCUAAACAGUAUGGGAUGUGACAUGGAUGGGAUCUCUUUGGGAGCUUGCAUCUUAUCACUGCCAUACCUACAACCCUGACCAAGCAGUACCAUGCUUAGUCAUCCUAUGCAAUCCCUUUGAGCUAGGAUUGGUCUUUUUUUGUUUAGUUUUUGUUGCUGUGCAACAUGGAGAACGGAGCAAUUAGUUUUUCUCUUCUUUUUGUUUCCUUUCUCCAUCACUUGCUUUGACUCGUGUUAUGGACAUUAAUGUUUUUGACUUGUGUGCUUCUUAUUGGCGUAAGCUUAUGCCUAUUUUACCUCGAAGGAGAA